CGGAGGUGAGUUGUGUGCUGAAGAUGGCUGCGCUAGCCCCUUCGUCCAUGGAGUCGCGCUGCGGAGCACCUGGUGAGUAGGGGAUAGGAUGUGGUGAUGGCUGCCAUGCUGCUGAGUGCCACGAGUGCGACCAUUGAGGGUCCGGCGUCGCGGGAGCCGUGUAUCCGUGGUACGGGACCGGGUGAAUGGGCAACUGAUGGCUUCCAUAGGAUGCCUGUACGUGCCGAGAUGGACCAGCCCCUUGUGGAACAUCGCUUGCAAACAUUUGGCGCGGUGUACUGGGUUGGAAGAGGGUCGCCGGAGGAUGAGAUGGGAAAUGUAAAGACGGCAGAGAUGAGAAGGGUGGUGCAGCGGCAGGAUGCGAUGAAUGCGAGGAUGUUGAGGGAAGUGUGUGGGUCGCCACAGACGGCAUAGAAGGUCGGCCUGGAUGAUGUGUGAAGGGACUGGGACUUGGGAUGGGGUGUACAGUCCCCGACCUCGGAGGCGUCAAUGUACUAGUAGAUUGAAUCUAUGCAUUGUCCGAGUCAGGA